CGCUCGUCAGCCAAAGAUCGUAACGUCGACACAUCAACUACGAAAAACGCAGAUGAGGGCGUUGACCAACUGAUGGUAAAGAUCGACUUCAUGGAUGUCGUAGCGCUCUAUCUCAAGGACACGCCACGCAUCAUGACGCUCUAUCUCGGUAUCGCAGUUUCGAUGCUCUCCAUCACGCACUUCAUCUUGUUUUUCCCUGUCUACGACGUUUUAUACCAGGGACUGGACUUCUACAUCUUCCCAUUGCCCUUGUUCUUGGGUCUCUGCGUGGGGUUCGCGUAUUCUUACCUUCUAGCCUUGCUUUACGAGAUGAAGAAGUACGUCUCUUACUUGGCAUUGGUUGUCACGACGAUUCUCUUUUUUGGGUUGUACAUGUUCGGCCACGUGAACUGGGACCCAUUGCUGGCUAGCUUAGUGGGGGAGGUGGUGCACGAUCCUGCAGCUAGCUCCAGCAGUUCUGACACCUCGAAGAACACAGCCCAGCAGAAUGAAGAAGAUCUACGUAUCUCCAGUGUAACAACAACCGAUUUGUCGUUGACGCACCAAAUCGCCAAAUGGAGAUUCUCCGAAGAUUUUGGGUACCAAACUCAAUCCAACUGGGUUACGAAUCUCAUCUAUGCGCUUUUUAUCGGCUUAGUAGUUGGCGUGAUCUACGAAAACCUUUUGGUCCAAAGUGCGGUCGAAAAGCAUUACUUUUUGUUAAAAAGACAAGCGCGCAAGAGAAAAUCCCUACUAGAAUUACGAUCUAGUCUCAAAAGUAAGCGCAGAAGGGCAGGGAUGAAGCCAAGACCUCCUGUAGUGCCGAAAGCAGCACCACCACCACCAGCAAAGCCGGACUUGAUGUCGCCUUCUGCCGUUCUCGCUUCGAGACUUUUGCCGCCCCCAUCGCCGCGACAACAACUGAGCAAGUUGCUGACACCCAGAGGCCCUACAAGCCCACGGACGGAGACGGAAGGCGACUUCAAGCUUGAGGUACCCCUGCGUCCAGACAAGACUCACAUCUUACCAGAGAAGGGCGAAGAUGGAGCAUAUCUGAAGGAGCUGGAGAAGAUGUAAGGUAGGUAGCUCUACUAGAUGGAUCUUUAUUAAAGGAUGAAAUUGAAAUUAACAUGUUUAUUGAGAUUUUUUGAAAUUAAUGCUGACAGUUGCGAUUUAUUACGAAAUGAAUUUGAAUUAUGGAAGUAGUCAAAGCACUUUACGUUGACGUUCGUGAGAGCACGAAUAUGGCAUCGAGUUUUCUGCUGUAUUGCAACUUUUGUAUUUGAUACUACAUGUACAUUCUACACUCGAUUUUGGAAGAAAGAUGUAAGAAACUACAGCACGCAGAUGGAUUCGUUUAUAUUGACUCAAAUAUCUUCAAAGGAUUACAAUUGUCCAGCUCCAGUUACGUAAUAAGAUUAAGUAAGAUGAGAAAAUUAUAACAAUAAGUUAUUUGUACAUUUGAUUUUGAAAACGACAAAAAAUGAAUAGAAAACGUACGUUAGCGUUAGGUUGUGGCAAACUGAUGACUUGAUCUCGAAUUCUUUGCAGUUUUGGGCCUCGCUGAAUAGAUAUGUAGAAGUUAGAGUUACAGAUGAAACAAAAAUUUGUAUGCAGAGUCGGGAUUCAGAUCAUAGUAGCGAAUUUGAUGAAUAAAAACACUCGCGUUCGUCCUUGCAAAGAGCGAAAUAACAAGAAACAAGUAAAGAUAUACCGUUGCU